AUGGCUAAGCUUAACGUCCCCCGGUCGAAUAUGAAUAGUGAAAGAGAUAUAAUCAACGCAAUAAUAUGGACUCGAUGGAUACUGCGAAUUCUUGGAAUCUGGCCAUUGGUUUAUUCCAAUACUACAACGAUCGAGAAGAUAUUAGCGACGAUAUUAUUCGCGUUAUGUUGGUCCGCGCUCAGUUUUCUUCUAAUUCCUCUGACCAUUUUUACGCUGUCAGAACGAACAACUAUAUACGAAAAAAUCAAAUUGCUAGGUCCGCUAAGCUACGUAAUAAUCGCGACGCUAAAAUAUUUUUUACUAGUGAUUCAUCGUAAAAGCAUACGGCAAUGCAUUAACGUGCUAAGUACCGAUUGGCGUGCAGUCCACCAGAAUUAUCGAAAAAUUAUGAAUAAAAACGUGACAAAAAGCCAUGUACUAUCCAAGUUUUGUACAAUAUUCAUGUAUUGCGGAGGCUUGUCUUUUCAUACCAUAAUGCCGUUUCUGACGCACACCACAAUCGACGAGCAAAAUGUUACUAUUAAACCAAUACCUUAUCCUGGUUUCGAUAUUAUUUUCGACUUGCAUUUUACGCCGGCCUAUGUAUUUGUAUUUUGCGCACAAUGGUUUUCCGGUACGGUAUUGUUUAACAUCACCACGGCAGUGUGUUGCUUGGCAGCCAUGUUCGUAGCUCACGCUUGCGGUCAAAUCGAGAUUGUGAUGGCUCGCAUAGAAAAUCUUGUAAAAAAUGUAAAAAAUAGUUGCAUGAAGGAACAUAUGGCAAUUAUUGUGAAACACCACAUACAAUUUUGCAGAUUUUCAGUCAGUAUUGAUAAUAUUUUACGCGAGAUAUGUCUGGUUGAAAUAGUGGGAGCAACGUUAAAUAUAUGUUUGCUGGAAUAUUACUGCAUCAUGGAAUGGAAUAACAAUGACGGUAUAGCGAUUUUAACAUAUUUUAUUCUAUUAAUAUCGUUUGUUUUCAACAUUUUCACGUUUUGCUACAUUGGCGAACAAUUAACAAAUCAGUGCAGCAAAAUUGGAUUUGCUUCAUAUAAAAUCGAGUGGUACCAUUUACCAGGAAAAACUGCACUCGAUCUCACAUUAAUAAACAGCAUAUCACAGCAGCCGAUAAAAAUUACUGCAGGAAAAAUAAUUAUUCUUUCGUUCUCAAGUUUUUGCUCUGUACUGAAAACUUCGAUUGCAUAUCUAAACAUGCUCCGAACUUUAGUUUGA